AUGUUACUUUUCCUGCGCCUUUGGCCAAAACACCGACUGAACUCGUACGAGCUCUGGAAUGGCCUUCCUGCCCAAGAAGCUGGAAACGCCUUCGUUGAUGUUCUGUACGGCGCAUACAACCCCAGCGGCCGUCUGCCUUAUACUAUCGGAAAAAGCGUCAAUGACUAUUCUGCUCAAGUCAUAUACAACAAUAAUGUUGCACAGAUUCCUUACUCCGAAGGCUUGUUUGUGGAUUACAGGCAUUUCGAUCAAGCGAAUGUUCAACCCCGCUUUGAGUUUGGUUUUGGAUUAUCUUUUACUAAUUUCACAUAUUCGGGGCUUUCCAUCGGCGGCUCGACUGGCGGAUACACACCCACUUCAGGACCAGGUUCGUCCCUAGACUCUGGACUUCAUGAGAAAGUAGUGAAUGUAGCUUUUACUAUUCGGAACAGUGGCGAUGUUGCAGGCAAUGAGGUUCCACAAUUAUAUCUUACAUUCCCUUCGGCAGCACAGUCUGCGCCUCGUAAUCUGAAGGGUUUCGAUAAUGUGUUCAUUGCCGCUGGGCAAUCCAAGACAGUAACUUUGCAGUUGUCUCGAUUCGAUUUUUCGGUCUGGAAUCCAGCUACGCAACGCUGGGAGAUUCCAAGUGGGCAAACAACAGUCGCAAUUGGGGCUAGUAGCAGGGAUAUUCGUCUAACUGGUUCUAUUCAGAACUAG